GAAGAGCAGCUGCCCAAGCCCCGCACUCCGGGCAGCACAGAGCAUCGUGGGCCAUGCCAGAGACAUCCCCGGGACUGCCAUGGCCGUGCCAUGAGCUGUGCAUGAAGUCCGGUUUGAUUUCCAGGAUUUUCCAGCUGCUGUUGGCUCCGGCACGGUCCUCAUUGCCACCUUCGACCUCGGGCGGCACCUGUGGGAAGUGUUGUGCCUGGAACGGGGCCUCUGCUGCUGUGCAUCCAGAGCAGGAAGGACAGAACGCUGUGCUGGGCUUGUCUCGAGGUGUGGUGGGAGUUCCUUGAGGCUGUGGACUCGUGGGUUAUCGCACAGCCCGCUGGCCCUGAAUCAAAAGCACAUUUAGUAAAGAAAGCACGUCAGUUUUGACAUCUACACGUGAACCAUUUCAUACAGAGCCUCAGAGGGCAGAUGUGCUUGCUGGUGUGCUCCUCCACCAUGUGCCUCCUCUUUCUUGGAACCCAAAUGGAACUUUUUAAGAUAAGUUGGAAACAUGUGAAAAGCUUUGUCUUUAUGCAGAGCCAGUGCUACCCUGGCCAGCACCCUUCUGAAUAUGGGCUGCUAUUCUUUCACUACCUUUCACUACCUGGCCAUCUGUAAUGGUCCACAGAAGUUUCUGAGCCCUGUGAGCCUUGACUGUCCUAUUUAGUUUUGGAGAUUUCUGCCUUUGGAGCUCCCAGACUGCUUCAAUGUGGAAUUGAAUGGGAUCCUGUAGGAGCUAUCAGGUUUUUCAUUGCACUGGGUGACCAACUUCUUGCUAUGUGUACCAAAAGAGUCAAAAAACUCCUUUCUAUGACCAGGAUGAGACUUCAAACUCACUAUGAAAUUCAGCAAAAAUGAAGGAACUGUGGAUGGAACAUCAAGCUGAGGAGCCGAGUAUUUUAUUGAAGGCCUGUAUGUAGACCCUGAUGCUUGAAUGAAUGAAUGAAGAAUGAAAAUGCUCCCUGGAGUGGGUGUGUUUGGAACUGGUAGUGCUGCCCGGGUCCUGGUACCCCUGCUGAGGGCAGAAGGCUUCUCCAUUGAAGCUCUCUGGGGGAAGACUGAAGAGGAAGCCAAACAGCUGGCAGAGGAAAUGAACAUCUCCUUCUACACGAGCCGGACUGAUGAUGUCUUGCUGCAUCAGGAUGUGGAUUUGGUUUGCAUCAACAUCCCUCCACCACUAACUCGGCAAAUUGCUGUGAAGGCUCUAGGAAUAGGGAAGAACGUGCUGUGUGAGAAAGCUGCUACCUCUGUUGAUGCCUUCAGGAUGGUCACAGCUGCCAGGUAUUACCCCAAGCUGAUGAGCAUCGUUGGCAACGUCCUGCGUUUCCUGCCCGCCUUUGUGAAGAUGAAGCAGCUGAUAGAGGAGCACUACGUGGGCAACGUCAUCAUCUGCGACGUGCGCGUCUACGGGGGCAGCCUGCUCAGCCACAAGUACAACUGGAUCUGUGACGAGCUCAUGGGAGGGGGCGGGCUGCACACCAUGGGCACCUACAUCAUCGACCUCCUGACUCACCUCACCAGCAGGAGGGCUGAGAAGGUCCACGGUCUGCUCAAGACUUUUGUGAAGCAGAACACGGCCAUCAGCGGGAUCCGCCACGUCACCAGCGAUGACUUCUGCGUUUUCCAGAUGCUCAUGGGUGACGGCGUCUGUUGCACUGUGACUCUCAACUUCAACAUGCCCGGAUCAUUCAUCCAUGAGGUCAUGAUUGUGGGGUCUGCUGGUCGCCUCAUAGCUCGUGGCACAGACUUGUACGGGCAGAAGAACACUGCUCUCCAGGAAGAACUACUGUUUACAGACUCUCUGCCUGUCAACAAGGGCCUUUUGGAUAAGGGGUUCAAGGACAUCCCGCUGCUUUACCUGAAGGGAAUGGUGUACAUGGUGCAAGCUCUGCGGCAGUCUUUCCAAGACCAGGAGGACCGUCGGACAUGGGAUCAUAAACCUGUGUCCAUGGCAGCCUCUUUUGAAGAUGGGCUGUACAUGCAGAGUGUGGUAGAGGCCAUCAAGAAAUCGAGUAGGUCAGGUGAGUGGGAGACUGUGGAGGUGAUGACUGAGGAACCAGAUGCCAACCAAAACCUCUGUGAGGCACUUCAAAGAAAUAACUUAUGAACAUUCCUGCCUUGGAAAAUAGGACAAUUAACACUUCUGGCUGUAAUGUAAAAAAACCCAGUUUUUAAGAUAUGUAGAUUCUUAUUUAAUAGCGUGAGUUUCUUGGUUUUUUAAAACAUGUAAAAUGUGUUCUGAUAGGAACAGUUCUGGUUUAAAUUGUUUAAAGAGUUUUAAAUGUUUCUGUUUUUUGCAAACAUUUAAUUUUUGUCUUGGAAACUGGUAGGAAAACUUGAAUUGCCCUUUGCACUUGCAGUAGCUGAAGUGAAUUAUGGGAUCUCUGCCAUUGCAUGGCUUGGAAAUGGGACACAACCCCUCUUGCACAGGUUGCUGAUUUAACCAUGAGAGCAUGUGGAGCAAGAUCAGGGAGUAUCUGUUGUUCAGAUGCCUUUUUCUUCUCUCUUGGAGACCGAUUUAUGUUUCAAUCCUCAGUUUGUAAACUUUUAGGAAAGAGUUUAGUGAUGUAACAGGUCUCUAAACUCCUAUAGGACAAAAAGUAGAAGGAAUGGAUUAAAAUUAAUAACAUAAGGAUCAGCCUUUUGGCUUCCUGUGUGUGGUAAAUGUCUUUCAAAUUCAUUCAAACGGAUGUUUUAUUUAAAUGAUACUAUAAUUCUCUGUUGUUGAUGUUUGGCAGGAAAAUCUUCGGGAAGUCUGUGAUGCAUUGAGCUAUUCUUCCAUAUCUGUAGACACUAUUUCUUCUACUCAAGAGGCUGUCUGCAUCCAGCAGCUGUUUUUCCAUAAGCUCUGUGCUUAUGUCAGUUGUGUUUACUGCCUGGCAGCACCAGUGCCGUGCCUGUGGGGCCACGUUCUCAUUUCUGUGACUGUUAAUAAAUAAAUGCCUCCCAGGGUCACGGGAUUGCCACAGCGUCGGAACAAAGUUGUACAGCAUGAACCUUUCAGGGACCUGAAAGUGGAAGGAAGGAGGUAUUUCCUACCUCUCGCAGCAAUCUUAAUGUGCUGGCUGGCUAACUGUCACACUACACACAUCCUGAUAGCUGAGAGAACAGGGACUGAACUGCCAUGGGUAAAUGUGCUCUUGAUCUCAAACACUCGCUAUUAACCCUCUGGUCCAGCUCAUCUUCACACUCUCCUGCAGCUGGUGUCCAGUGGAGAGAUUUGUUGGCAGAUGAUGGGGUGGAAGUUCAUUCCUUUUGAGGAAUGUUUCUCUCUGAGGCAGGUAUGUGGAAAGGAUAGUCUAAUUUUACUACAUUUGUUUUGUGUACUUGAAAGCUUUUUUUAAAAUGUAUUUCCCAUUAAAUUGUAACCCUGUGUAUUUAUGUAUAUUAACAUGCACGCUGCUGUUUCAUAAGCUGGACCUUCCUGAAAAGUAUCAUGUUUUCUACAUAAAUAAAAGGUUGUGUUUGUUGAGGGAAUUCUCUAUGCAGCUGUGUGCGUGUGUUUGAUUUGGUAAAGCUAAAACCAUCUUAAUAAAAGUGAACAGGAGACUCAGA